AUGGCCUCCACCACUACUACCGAAAACCCUGUUCUUGGCACUGGUGUCAAUGAUAACAAUAUGGCUUUUACUUGUUCAACGACUUCUUCCACGCCAACAUGGCCAACAUUGACCGAGCAAAUCUAUACCAACACCAACACCACCACCAACAUGGAUCCUGCCUCCUUUUUGGAUCAUUCUCAUCAUCACCAUCAUCAUCAUCAUCAACAUCAUCAACCUACUUUCCCUCAAAUGGUGGCCCCAUUGACGCCCGAUAUGCAUUUGAUGGCAAUGCCCCCUUCCUCUCCUUCAAAAUCAUGCCCUCAAGUGAUGGAUACUGCUGGUUGCUGUGCAUUCGGCACUCCUUACGAUGCACCCACUUUUGCAAUGGAUCCUCAAGCACCUCCAGGCUAUAAGUCAGAGAUGAUGCUGCCACCAACUCCUGAGGUUUCUACUGUGAGCAUGAGCCCUCCCGAUGGUGUUACAAUGUUAUCUGAGCACCACCAUCAUUCAACAGCUUAUGUCUUUGGCAGCAGCAACAAUGGCACCGAUCAUAUGAUCCAACAUGAAUCAGCACCAACCCCCGUCAACAUGAUGCACCAUCACCCUUAUUUCGAUAACAGCAACAAUGAUCUAUUUUCAUCAUCGUGGAGUAGCCCUACCACCAGCUCGGAGGAGGAGAGUGGUAUAGCAACAACAGCAGCCACUGUUGAUUGUUUACAACAUCCAACCACUAUGACUCGGGAUCAGCUGAUCGGACGUGUACUCGAAUUAGAGCAUGAGCGUCGUCAAUAUUUCACGCCACUGUUGUUGGAUAUGCCUGAUUCAUCCUCUGCACCUGCAACAGCCAUCAACAAACCAACCACCCUUUCUUCUUCCCGGGAUACCGAAAGAUACUUUUGCCAUUGGGGGGAAUGCAACGUCCAAACAGGACAACUUGCCGAGUUAAUUCAACACAUCCGACACGUGCAUGUUGGCAGUGGCAAGCAAGCAUAUUACUGCAAGUGGGCUGGCUGCUCGAGGCAGGAUAAGCCCUUUGUUAAGCGACACAAGAUGCACAAUCAUAUACGCACCCAUACCGGCGAGAAGCCUUUUGCAUGCAAAAUUCAAGAUUGCGACAAGCGAUUCUCUCGUCUAGACUCACUCAAGACCCAUAUGAAAACCCAUUUGCCUGUCAGGCCCCAUUUAUGCACAGAGCAUGGCUGUAACAAGGCCUACUUUCAUGCUCGCUCUUUACGCAAACACCUCAAAUCACAUGCCAUUGCUGCGUCGAGACGUCAGCAAAAACACCAAGCGCAAAAAUAA